AUGGCCGCCCGACCGACCAAGUCCCUGAUUGUCAAAUUGACCCUGUCUGCCGACAAGCUCAGCAAGUUUCCGGCGAGCCCUGAGCUGACGCGGAAGGACUCAACAUCGCGAAAGCCCUCCUCCACGUCGACCUCGACUCCGACUGCCACCGCGAACGAGCCGUCGUCCUCCGAGAACCCGUCCGAGUCGAACGCCACUCCAUUGCUGCCCAACUCGACCACCGCCUCGAGCUCUCUGGCGCCUCCUACAACUGGCGUAAAGCGAAAGGGCGUUCCUGGACCAAAGCCGGGCUCGAAGAGGGGCGCUGCCAACCUCACACCAGACGGCCUGCCAAAGCCUCGAGGCAAACCUGGCCCGAAGAAGAAGCCGCGACUCGGCGACCUCAUCAACGACCCUCUCGCCAAGGGCGCCUUCGCUGCUCCUGCUCCUAUCCAGAAGCUUGGUCCCAAGGCCAACCAGGGCGCCAUCAACGCCGGCCUUCGCGCACUCGAUCGCACUGGAAAGCCAUGCCGGAAGUGGGGAAAGAAGACUUUCGCCAUCAAGAGCUUCACGGGCGUCACUUGGACUGUCCCGACAUGGCGUGCUCCCAAGCGACCUGCCGUCGACUUCAAUGGCGACGUGAAGAGCGAUACCACUGCGUCUAGCGACACGAAGAUGAAGGAUGAGAGCAGUGCCAUCAGCGAGAAGAGCAACAGCGGCGGCGACUCCAGCACACCAGUCCCGCUCAAUGCCAACAUCUUGGCCUCUUCCCCUGUUCCGGCCGUGGUCGUGUCGUGA